UGCCUGGAACAGAACACAAACCUCACCGCUUCAUCCUUGCCCAGGCACUGCCAUGAGAUCCCUGCUGCUGCUGGUGGCGGUGGCGGUUCUGAGCCCAGUGGAGCCAUUCCCGACUUUACGUGGGAAUCAACACCACAAGAAGCAUGGCGAAAUGGUUCCCAAUGAGGAGCCUUGCCAUUUUCCUUUUCGCUACCGACGUGAAAUGCACCAUUCCUGUGUCCCAGGCAGCAUUGCUGGCCCUCAACCCUGGUGUGCCACCACAGAGAACUUUGACCGAGACCAACAAUGGAGGUACUGUGAGAAAGAGCAGAGGCCAAGAGGACACUGUGACCCUAACCCAUGCCGAAACGGUGCUAACUGUGAAGCUCGGCGGUCUGGGUUCCACUGCAGCUGUAAUCCUGGUUUCUAUGGGAAACACUGUGAGAAAGAAAGCUGCUUUGAAUCUCCGGGGCGCCUUCACAUUGGUGAGAAGGAGACCUGGCUGCGGUUUCAGCCUGCUGGGCUGGAGGAGUGCCAUUGUACUGGAAAGAAGAAGAUGGGUUGCAAGCCUGUGCAUGGAAGGGCAUGUGCAGACAACCCUUGUUUGAAUGGAGGCCACUGCAUAGUGCUGAAGCAAGACUGGGUCUGCAGCUGUCCUGGGAGGUUUUCUGGACCACUUUGUGACAUAGAUCACUCUCACACCUGCUACAGUGGGAAUGGGCACCUGUACCGAGGUAUGGCUCAAAGCACUCUCUCAGGGGAGCCCUGCCUGCCUUGGGACUCUCCCAUUCUGUUUCAUGAGUUCUCCAGCAACACCGUGAACAAUGCUGUCAGCCUGGGUCUGGGGGCACAUGCAUUCUGCAGAAACCCUGAUAAUGACAGCCAGCCAUGGUGUUACGUGCUGCAAGGGAAGCAGCUCACCUGGGGAUUCUGCAAUGUCACCCAUUGUCAUCCCCACACUAACACAGAUAGUGAGACCACAAUGAACGUGGGACAGGAUAUGGAACCCGUGACAGAGUCCCCAGUCAGAACCAAUGGUACCCAGUCUGGUGCUGGCUCAGUUCCAGGAUGUGGGCAACGCUAUACAAAGACAUCCUCCCAGAGAAGUCGUGUGGUGGGGGGCAUGGUAGCCCUUUCUGAUGCCCAUCCGUACAUGGCAGCCAUGUAUGUGGGGGAGCAGUUCUGUGGAGGGAGCCUUAUUGCAUCCUGCUGGGUCCUGACUGCUGCACAUUGUCUGGAGAGAAGGCCAGAUGUCUCCCAGAUCUCAGUUGUGCUGGGCCAGGCCCUCUACAACAUCACCACCAAAGGCUCCAUGAAAUUUCAAGUACAGGCGUAUCAACUGCAUGAGAACUACUCUGAGAUCAACAAGCACCAUGACAUUGCACUGGUGCAACUGAAGGAGAAUGUACCAGGACACUGUGCUGAGUUUUCACACUCCAUCUCACCUGUGUGCCUGCCUGGUUCCAUGGAGAUAUAUGAUGGCAAUCGGUGUCAGACUGCAGGUUGGGGACAUCUGUAUGAAGGAGCUGACAAGCUUUCAGUGUAUCUGCAGGAGGCAGAUGUGCCUAUCAUUCCUCAUGAGCAGUGCCAAUCCCGCGAGGUACAUGGGACUCGUGUUACAUCAAAAAUGCUGUGUGCUGGGUACCUGGAUGGACGAAGUGAUGCUUGCCAGGGAGAUUCUGGUGGGCCCCUCGUGUGUGAUGAACAGAAUAGCGCAAUCCUACGUGGCAUUGUCAGCUGGGGCACAGGCUGUGCACAGAAGAACAAGCCUGGAGUCUACACUAACGUUGCUCACUACCUCAACUGGAUCCAAAGCAAGAUGCACUAGCAAAUCAGAGUGCAAACACACAGAGUAGGCUAGACAAUGGGUACUAUACCGUCCAAAAGAUGUCAGUCCUAUGCGUUAACAUAAAAAUAAAUCUCAACCACCCAGCAAUAUGGCUAGGGGCCAUUGUCUUAUUUUGACACCACCUUUUCUGACAAAAUAGGAACAUACACUAGUGUUAUUUGGGAUUGAUUGAUUGAUUGGUUUUUCUCCUCCCACAACAAAACCAUGCCAGAAUGGCUGCUGAGGGCUGAACAUGAUGGAUCUCCACCAGUUUAUAAAAAGUAAAUUUAGAUCAGGGACAUUUCAAAAGAAGAGAUUUAACUCUCCAACUCAUACUUGACUUUGCUAAGCAAAACCAAGAGCCCUGCAAUAAGUAUUAAAGCGUGUUAAUUCUUCUCAUGCACUGGAAGAGCAAGUCCAUCUCUCCCCUUGCCCUUUCUUCUUCCAUGCCCUUAGUCUUCCACCCAGAGCACUAAUACAGCUGUUGCCAAUAAACCCCAUAUUCCUAUGCUCAGGAGAACAUCCUCUAUGCCAUACUUGAGAGAUGGAGAGAAAAAGAGCCUGAAUUGGAAUGCAUGAAUGAAUAGAGCCAUGGAAACUGAGGAUCCAUAUGGUAGAGCCCAUGGAAGCUCAACAGUGGUUAUAAGCAGAACAGCUUUUAGCAUGUGAGCACCAGGAGUACAAGAAUAACUCAAGAACUUGAGUGUUUAUGUACCAUUUGGAGGAGCUAAUAAAGGUAAGGGAGGAAGAA